AUUAAUCCCUUUAAUGAGCGGACGCUGCCUACGUCAAAAAUGCGUUCCCAUGGUGCUUGCUCCCCCUCUCGCGAGACAUUGUAGCCGCGUUUGAAAGAUGGCGGAUGAAAUUGACCAGCAACAGGCAGCUAAUACUGUAGAAGAACCGUUGGAUCUCAUCCGACUGAGCCUUGAUGAACGUAUUUAUGUAAAAAUGCGAAAUGACAGAGAACUAAGAGGAAGGCUUCAUGCUUAUGAUCAGCACUUAAACAUGAUAUUGAGUGAUGUUGAAGAAACUGUAACCACAAUAGAGAUUGAUGAAGAAACGUACGAGGAAAUUUAUAAGUCUACGAAAAGGAACAUCCCGAUGCUGUUUGUUAGAGGUGACGGAGUUGUCCUUGUAGCUCCGCCACUGAGAGUUGGUUAGAAAUGGCUGUGGAUUAAAACAUUGUGAUGAGGAUCAUUUUUCAUUUAUUGUUUUUUGUAAAUAAAGUUUAUAGAUUUUUUUUUGAGAAAAGUUGGGUUUGUAAAUUGAUAGCUUUUUAAUUUUAAAAUUAUGAAAAAAAGAAAAUGCCAGAUGAAUUCAUAAACAUCUAUUUUCCAUUCUUUGAAGUAGAGCUAAUAAGUGACUAAUCUUGGUAAAAUCGUGACUUUCUUAAUAAUUUUCUGCAAGCAGUUGUCAUGAUUUUGUGCCCCACUGGUUUGAUUAUUCAAAAUCUUGGAAGGCACACCACUUACAUAAUUAUGUCUGUCCUUUUUGUACAGGAUGCUUUUUCUUUGUGUUUAUAUAUCAAUUCACUGUAAAGAAAUUUGAAAAUAAACCAUAUUUUCUCUUGAA